AUGAUUCCAAAACAGAGCAUCCGAAAGAUCGUGAAACGUAAGGGGUUGAUUACGGACGAAAAGGAGAAGCCACCGAUGUAUAUUGAGGAUGUGAUCAUUUUGCAGGAAACUGUUCUCCGCACAAUGGACAAACGAUUUUAUAUUGGCCUCCAACGAAUGCAGCAAUGUCUCUACAAUCUUAUGGCUUGCUUUACGGUGAAUCGGAUCAGCGCAAUGAGAAAGCUCCAAUACAAACAUCUGCAGUGCUCAAUCCAACGGGAUCCAAAGGGAGGACCGCCGCGAAUUUUGCUCGAAAUCACCUACAAAUUUGCCAAGAAUCAUCUUGGGGUGACACAAGGAAAUACCUUUGUCAUUCCCGAGAUCAUUCACGAUCCGUCGCUUAUUUUGAGCCCUCAUGAAUUUUUACUUGGCAUUCUUUUCGACGACGAUGCCUUCCGCGCGCCUGGAAUGAAAUCCCAGGAUGACCUAAGAAGGCUUUGGCUAGAAGAUGGCCGACAGCAGCUGCCAUUACCGCUGAAAUCAGAGAAAUCAAACCAUUAUGUAUUCUGCAAGGUUGAAGCAAGCCGCGGUACCAUUCGCGUUAUUCGGGAUCAGCCAAUCUCGAAUUCAGCUUUAAGCAAGCAGUAUCAAACAUUUGGGGAGAUUGCUGGUUUUCCGAACUUGUACACGCAUUGCAACCGAUACGGUGGCGGAACAAUCCUGAAUCAGAGUAGGCUUGUAAGCGAUGCACAACAAAACUUGAUCAUGAAACAUGCAAGUAUUCGAACGUUUUUGAAUCAUUAUCUUCCUCGUCGCAUCGGCACAGAUAUGCAGGCCUUGAUGAGAGGGCUCGAGCCCGACUCAGCGAUGAUGAGAGCGGUCACCUGUAUGGGGAGAUGGGCCGACACUCGACGGCCUCGCGAGCUUACUGAUGAACAGAAAGCGAGUAUUGAAACGAUUCCGGAGCUGCAAGAUGCGAUAUACAAACGCGAUAGCUUCGCUCGGAAACCCGAAGAAUGUGGCAAAAACAGUCGCAAAGGAUUAGAUCGACUCGAAAAGCUCAAGAGGAACGUGACGAACACACGCAGCCGGCUACUAUACGAUCUUCGCAAGCGCGUGAGGGAGGAAUUUGACAGUAGUCAAGCUGUAAAGGACAUCGAGCGGCAACUGACUGCUGGUACUGUGGUUCACAACGAUGAAACUCGGGAACUGCUGGUGGCCAGAGAAAGCAUGCUCCCGCAACAGAUCUUUCUCUUGGAAAAGCUGAUGACAUGGCCAACUUCGCGGUCUUUAGAGCAGGAGUGGAAGCGGCGAAAUGAGGCAGUCGAAGCUGUUCGCAUGUAUUGUGGCGUGCGAGAGGGUGGGCCUCGAAGAGGUCGACGUCCUAAUAGGCCCAUUCCUGUCAAGAACACCGCGACAGAUAGCCCUGCCACACUAGCUUCCGCACAAGCUGUCUCACCGUCGUUGCAGCGUGAGGAUGCUUUACAGAGGGCAGAAGCGCACGUCCAGACGGCCUUAAAGCCUCUAGGAUGUUUCCAAUGCUUUGGCAACCGAGAGGAAUCUGACCAGCGCCGGUUGAAGCACUAUUCUCGGCACAAACAUCUUCUGCGCCAUUUCCGAGAUACGCAUAUAGAUGACCGUCACUGCAACUUCUGCAACGAACUGGUCGACGAUGAAAUGAUCUGGAGACGUCAUACGCAUCAUAAUCACAGGCUCAAAACAUAA